GAAUGCUUCACAUUCAAGUCACUGAAAGAUAGGCGCGUUUGGGCGAAGGCAUGGCUAUUGUAAAAGUUGUUAAGAAUAAGGCUUACUUCAAGCGAUUCCAAGUCAAAUUUAAAAGGCGAAGAGAGGGCAAAACCGACUAUUACGCUCGCAAACGAUUAAUCUGGCAAGAUAAAAACAAAUACAACACCCCUAAAUACAGGCUGGUCGUGCGCUUCACCAACAAAGAUAUAAUAUGUCAGAUAAUAUAUGCACGUAUCGAUGGUGACCGAGUAUUGUGUUCUGCAUAUGCCCAUGAAUUACCUCGAUAUGGUGUAAAAGUUGGUUUGACCAACUAUGCUGCCGCUUACUGUACUGGUCUAUUAUGCGCAAGGCGUGUUUUGAAGCAGCUUGGUCUGGAUGGCCUAUACACUGGAGUGGAAAAAGUCGAUGGUCAGGAGUUCCACGUUGAAUCUAUCGACGGUCAAAAGUCAGCUUUCAGAUGCCACCUUGAUAUCGGUCUUGCACGGACAACAUCAGGCGCUAACGUUUUCGGUGCUUUGAAGGGAGCCGUUGACGGUGGACUAGAUGUGCCGUACUCACCUAGCAGAUUUCCAGGUUAUGAUCAAGAAUCCAAAGAAUAUAAUGCUGAAGUUCAUCGGUCACGAAUCUUGGGUCAUCAUGUUGCUGCAUAUAUGAAACAGUUGCAAGAGGAAAAUGAAACAGAUUAUAAUCGUCAAUUCAGUGGUUACAUAAAGCAAGGCAUAACCGCUGAUAAUAUUGAGGCAAUGUAUUUAUCUGCUCAUGCUGCAAUCAGAGAAGACCCAAGUCCGGUUGUUCAUGAAAAGAAGGAAGUGAAACCCAAGAGGUUCAACCGCAAAAAGAUAUCCUACAAGGAAAGAAAAGAACGUAUUCGCCAAAAGAAAGCCCAUUAUCUGUCUCAACUUAAGAAAGAAAUCGCUGCUGCUGAGUAACUGGUGUAUGUAAUAAAAUUUUGGAUCAGAAA